AUGGCACCCCGACGUCCCAUCCGCAUCGGCAACUGCUCGGGCGCCAUCAACGACGGCAUCGACCAGAUCUAUCGUCUCGCGAAGUACGGCAACGUCGACGCAAUCACAGCCGACUACCUCGCCGAGUUCAACAUCGCAUGGAAAGCCAUCGAGCUGCAGACGUGUCCGGAGCUGGGCUUCGAGCCGAACUUCCUUGAGCAGCUUGCCUGGCACGGCGGCGACGCGGCACGCCUGGUGGCCGAGAAGCGCAUCAAGAUCGUUCACGAUGGAGGGGCGCUGAAUCCUCGGGGGCUGGCCGAACGGACAGACACGUACUUCAGGAGCCUUGGCAUCGGUGAUGUCAAGGUGGCCUGGGUCGGCGGCGAUAACGUGACGGAGGCGGUCAAACGUGGCGCGUUCGGGCGAGUCAUGCAUCUCGACCAGCCCGGUGUUGAGUUUGAUCCGCGGGCUGAAGGUGCCGGCGACGAGGAAGCGCUGUUGGCUGCCAAUGCGUACACCGGGUACGCGGGCAUCGUGAGGGCGCUGGAGGCCGGAGCGGACAUCGUCGUGUGCGGCCGGUGUACGGAUGCGAGUCCGGUGAUGGGACUCGCGAGGUGGUGGCACGGGUGGAAGGGGACGGCGUACGACGCGCUCGCGGCGAGCCUCAUGGCCGGACACCUGAUUGAGUGUGGCCCGUAUGUGACGGGCGGCAACUACUGCGGUCAGCGUGAGGUUCCGAACCUCCACCACGCCGGUUUCCCGAUUGCGGAGAUCGCGGCGGACGGCGGGGUGGUCAUCACGAAGCCGGAGGGGUCUAACGGGCUUGUGUCCGUUGAUACAUGCAAAGCGCAGCUGUUGUAUGAGAUCCAGGGGCCAUUCUACCUGAACCCGGAUGUCAUCGCCGACAUUGAGGGUGCGAAAUUCAGUCAAAUAUCAAAGGGGCGCAUUCAGCUGUCUGGAAUCAAGGGACUGCCACCACCCCCUACAGCCAAGCUGGCCAUCUGUCUGCUGGGAGGAUACCAGGCGGAGAUCUCUGCCUACGCGGCUGGUAUGGACACCGAUUUCAAGUUUGAAGUGUUGAAGAGUCAAGUUAUGGGACAGAUCAACCAGGCAGACUUUACGACUUUCAGCAUCGAGAAGUACGGCUCGGCAGCAACAGAUCCACGGUCGCAAAAAGCAGCCACCGUGCAAUUUUGGAUGUUCGCCCAGUCUCAUAAAAAGGAGGCCUUUGAGCAGUUCAAACGCGCUGUAUUCUACAACGGCCUACAGGGCUACUGUGGGCUGCAUCUGGGGAUGGACUGGCGGACGAUGGAGCCCCGGCCGUUUGUGCGGUACUUCCCCGCGUUGAUACCACAGUCCAAGAUCCCCUUGUCCGUCAAGUUUGUCAAGGGCCCGGAGAACAUCACGGUUGAAGCAAGGCAGGAGACAGAGUGCGGGUCAAUACCUCGUCAACAUGAUUACGAUCCUCCAACACCAUUGGCAAAGGUCUUCUCAUCACAGACGUCCAAAAGGCCGCUGGGAGAUUUGGUCUUCGCCCGUAGCGGGGACAAGGGCGGCAACGCGAACAUUGGGUUCUGGGUACGGCACAAGUCGGCCUGGCCAUGGCUUCAGGCCUUUUUGACAAAACGGAAGUUCAUCGAGCUUCUUGGCGAUGACUGGCAGGGCAAAUACGUGGUGGAAAGGUGGCUCUGGGCGGUGCAUUUUGUAGUCAAGGGGAUACUGCAGGACGGUGUUAGUAGCAGCAGUGUUUUAGACGGCUUUGCAAAGAGUGUAGGCGAGUUCCUCAGGGCGAGAGUGGUUGAUUUACCGCUGGAUCUGGUCAAUCUUGAAGACUGGCGGCGGAGAUCAGCAGAGAACAUGGCUGAGCAGGCCAGAUUAUGA